AUGUCCAACAGCAGCUCCAUCACCCAGUUCCUCCUCCUGGCAUUUGCAAAUACACGGGACCUGCAGCUCCUGCACUUCUGGCUCUUCCUGGGCAUCUACCUGGCUGCCCUCCUGGGCAAUGGCCUCAUCAUCACCGCUGUAGCCUGUGACCACCGCCUCCACACGCCCAUGUACUUCUUCCUCCUCAACCUCUCCAUAAUCGAUCUGAGCUUCAUCUCCACCACUGUCCCCAAAUCCAUGGCCAAUUCCCUCUGGUACACCAGGGAUAUUUCCUACUUGGGAUGUGCUACCCAGGUCUUUCUCUUUGUCUUUCUCAUUGUUGCAGAAUUGUAUCUCCUCACGGUCAUGGCCUACGACCGCUACGUUGCCGUCUGCAAACCCCUGCACUACGGCACCCUGCUGGGCAGCAGAGCUUGUGCCCACAUGGCAGCAGCUGCCUGGGGCAGUGGGUUCCUCCAUGCCACCUUGCACACUGCCAACACAUUUUCACUACCCCUCUGCCAAGGCAAUGCCAUAGACCAGUUCUUCUGUGAAAUCCCCCAGAUCCUCAGGCUCUCCUGCUCAGCUGACUACCUCAGGGAAGUCGGGCUUAUUGUGUUUGGUGUCUGUUUAGCAUUUGUUUGUUUUAUUUUCAUCAUGCUGUCCUAUGUGCAGAUCUUCAGGGCCGUGCUGAGGAUCCCCUCCGAGCAGGGACAGCACAAAGCCUUUUCCACGUGCAUCCCUCACCUGGCCGUGGUCUUCCUGUUUGUCAGCACUGCCAUGGUUGCUGGCCUCAAACCUCCCUCCUUUUCCUCCCCAUCCCUGGAUCUGGUGAUGGCUGUUCUGUACUCAGUGGUGCCUCCAGCAGUGAACCCCCUCAUUUACAGCAUGAGGAACCAGGAGCUCAAGGAUGCCAUUAGGAAAGUGCUUUCAGGCUUUUACUCUGCUUAUCGUUAUCGUCAUCAGUAUCUGUGUUGUGGUUUGUGUCUAUGA